UCAUCCUCCUCCAGCACAGAAUUACAGCAGUCUAGAGAACAGGAUCAGCGAAGCGCUGAAAACAAAGUGAAGAAAUGAACAGAAUAGAAGGACAAAUAGAGGAGCGAGGGUACUGGGGCAGUAAAGCAGAGUUUCUUCUGGCAAUGGCAGGGAAUGUGGUUGGUCUAGGUAACGUUUGGAGGUUUCCUUACCUCUGCUACAGGAAUGGAGGAGGAGCAUUCCUUAUACCCUACCUGGUGUUUGUUGUUACUUGUGGGGUGCCUCUGUUCCUGCUAGAGACGGCUAUGGGACAGUACACACAGGAAGGUGCCAUUACAUGUUGGCAUCACCUUUGUCCACUCGCUGAGGGUAUUGGCUAUGCAGGACAACUGAUAUUGCUGUACAAUUGCAUGUACACCAUCAUUCUAGCCUGGGCGCUUUUCUACCUCACCUUCUCUUUUAGCUCCCAACUUCCAUGGGCCAGCUGUGACAACAGCUGGAACACAGAUAAAUGUCUAAAUCUUGCUGAAAGAAAUCUGACCCUUAACCGGACAAUGCUGAUUCAUUCUACACCUGCAGCUACUGAGUUCUGGGAACGCAGAGUACUCUCUCUCUCUGGAGGGAUUGAGGAGAUCGGUAAGAUCAACUGGGAGAUUCUUCUGUGUCUCAUUGCAAUGUGGAUCAUAUGUUAUUUUUGCAUUUGGAAAGGAGUCAAAUCUACAGGCAAAGUGGUGUAUUUCACAGCCACAUUUCCUUACGUGAUGCUGCUUGCAUUGCUGAUUCGUGGGUUGACUCUUCAUGGAGCUCUGAAGGGUGUUGUGUUUAACUUGUACCCUGAACCAGCCCGUCUUUCUGACCCACAGGUUUGGAUGGAGGCAGGAACUCAGAUAUUUUUCUCCUACAGUGUGUGUUUUGGCACUCUUAUUUCACUAGGCAGUUAUAAUCAAUACAAUAACAACUGCUACAGGGACUGUUUGUGGCUUUGCCUUCUGAACAGUGCCACCAGUUUAGUGGCUGGCUUUGCUGUAUUUUCAGUCUUGGGCUUCAUGGCUAAUGCGCAGGGCGUCUCCAUUGAGGAGGUAGCAGAAUCAGGUCCAGGACUAGCAUUCAUAGCUUAUCCACAGGCAGUAGCUAUGAUGCCUCUCCCUCAGUUGUGGGCUGUUUGUUUCUUCAUCAUGAUUAUUUUGUUGGGCCUAGAUACACAGUUUGUUGGAAUGGAGACUAUAAUUACAUCAGUGAUGGACAUGUUCCCCAUGGUGCUGCGUAGAGCUGGUCGCCGAGAAAUGUUUGUCCUGCUCUUCUGUCUCACUUGCUUCUUCGGACAACUCAUCAUGAUUACAGAGUGGGGGAUGUAUAUAUUCCAGUUGUUUGACAACUAUGCCUGUAAUGGAGCCUGUAUUCUGUUCCUAUCUGUGUUUGAGUCUCUGGCCAUGGGUUGGAUUUUUGGGGCUGAGAGGUUGUUUGACAUCAUUGAAGACAUGACAAAGUCACGACCCAACUAUAUAUUCAUGCUGUGCUGGAAAUACCUGACUCCUCUCGUGUCCCUGGUGUCUUUUGUUUAUUCUGUCGUGGAGACCAAGCCUCUCACUUUUAACCGCUGGUAUGUGUACCCAGACUGGGCGCAUGCACUAGGCUGGUUACUGGCCCUGUCCUCCAUUCUGCUGGUGCCUGGAUGGGCGCUAGGCCGAAUGUGUUCUGGGAAAGGAACCCUGAAACAGCGUUGGCACCACUUGUGUAGUCCUGACAAGAACCUUCCUCUUACCUGUAAGCAACGAGCUAAAACCACAGGAUAAAACUUUCACCACAGAAGUGGAAGACUUAGUUAGGAGUUUAGUUUUUCAGAAAGUUCUCUCAAUAUGCUAAACAUAUAUUUACUCCUCUGGGCCACUUUGUCAACCUAUGUCAUAAAGGUCAUCAGGGCCCCUCAGCUGUGUGACAUUUUUUUUUUUUUCUCAACACAUUUGCUUCAUUUUCUAUCUCUUAUAUUAAAGAAUAAAGUUGGAUAUUGUAUGAACUUCUCUCCUUCUCUCUCUGAUAAAAUGCACUCAUUAUCUAUACUGGGAAGUGCCUGAUAAGAGUAUGAGCCUGAGCUACUCAAACUUGACGAAGUUCCGAUUAGCGAGAGUGUGUAAGAUAUUUCCAUUUGUCCUAAACACCAGUGCAGAGAGAAGGAGAAUCCAGAAAAUUACCUUUUAUAUGUUUAGAUGAUUUUAAUAUCACUUAAAAUACAACUAAGAUCUACAUUGCUAUC